GUGCAAUAAAGCAGUGUGUCUAUAGCCAUCGGUUGUUUCACUCGUGCCCUUCCCAAAUACAACAUUGGCGGCGAUCUACCUACGCGAAAAUAAAAAUGUCUACCAGUGCGCAUUUCGGAAUUUUGCCUACUUUUGAUCACCAUUCGCAGACAUGGAAAACGUUUAAAUCACGCUUAUUGCAAUGGUUUGUGGCAAAUAAAAUAAAUGCGACGUCAGACGCGGGAGGCGAACAAAGGCGAGCGAUAUUACUUAGCACACUCAUUGACGGUACUUACAAACUCGCAGCGGACUUAGCGUUGCCCAAGAAGAUUGAAGAAGUGCCGUACGAAGAUGUAUUAAAAUUGUUGGAAAACCACUUUGUUCCAAAGGUGUUUGGGUUUAGUGAACGGUACAAAUUCUAUUCGGCCGUUCAACAAAACGGAGAGACGCAUACCCAAUGGGCGGCAAGGCUACGUGGUUUGUCAGCGGAUUGCGACUUCACAAACGUAGAGGAAGUUCUUCGCGACAGAUUUAUGAUGGGCAUGCUGCCGGGACGGGAGCGGGACAAGGUUUUCACGCAGGACCUCAAGGAGCUGACGCUUACCAAGGCGGUGGAGUUGGCUAACGCGGUGCGCUGCGCGCGGGAGGUGUCGGCGGGUGCGGGACAAACGGCCUCGACGAGCGACCAGCUGUUCAAGAUCACCAGCGAGACCAAGGAUUCGGCCCGUGAAAAAUGUGCGGUGUGCGGUUAUUCAAACCAUAAGACGGCCGAAUGUCGUUUUUCUAAUUAUCGAUGCAAGAAAUGCCGCGGUAAAGGCCAUUUAAAAAAAAUGUGCAAAUCAGUAAAGUGCAUUAUGGCGAAUGACGUGAGCGAGGGAGACGACGUGUUUACAGAGUAAGGCGUAUAGUGGUAAAAAUAAACAAGAAUUUAAUAUAGGCGAUAAAGUUUUAUAUAAAAAAAACUUUAAUACUAAUAAGUUUACAUGGUGUAAGGGUAUAAUUUUGGAAAAGUUGGGAAAAGUGGUAUAUUUAGUAAAAGAUUGUGAGCAUUUAGAUAAGCAUAAAAAACAUAAAGAUCAAUUAAUGUUAUACAAGGGAAAAGAGGACGGUUCGUUUCUAGAUGACAUCUCUCUAGAAGAUUUAUUCUCAUCAGAACAAAACAUUUCCUCGACGGGUACUACUACCGGCAGCGAAGUGCAAAAUAGUGAGGGAGGAGAAGGCGGUCAAAUAGCCGAUCGAAGUCCAGAAGGCGC